GAUACUUGGCUUUUCCUUCCAGGCGCGAACUGAAAUUUUAGAGCAUAUAGAUUCCAUUGUGUUGGCAGCGAAACUCCCUGUGUACAGAUUUGCAUUUCUAAGUAGGAAUGUAGCGAAAGCCUUUACAGGAUUUCGCUUUUAGUAUUGACCGUGUAUUGAGACGCUGAAGUACCCAGAAAUUUUCAACAACGUCUCGAGUGAUUUUUUCCAGUCGUCUUCGAUUGAUCGCUGCGUUACGCUUCGAGUGGACAUUUGUCGGGGGAGCGAUCAACCCCGUCAUUGCCUUAUUUACGUAUUCGGAAGAAUCUGAUCCGUUGUGACCAGCUACAUCGCUCAAGCUGGUGUUCCAGGAGAAACCAACAAUCGGAGGAGAGGACGACGAAGAAGAGUCGGAAGCCGUUGGGCAACCGUCUCUUUAUCAAAAGCUGGUCGAAGAGGCGAACACGUUCGGAGCGGUGAGCGCCGCAGUGGCGCAGUGUCUGCAGCUACUUCUAAACAUGAAGGCGGCCAGCGUCGAUGAGCGGGGUAAGGGAGACUGCACCCCGCUUAUGGAAGCUGCGUCAGCCGGCCACAUCCAGAUCGUGCAGCUGUUACUGCAACAUGGCGCAGACGUGAAUGCCCAGUCGUCAUCGGGAAACACACCGCUCAUGUUCGCCUGUUGCAAUGGUCACGAUGAGGUUGUAGAAAUCUUGCUGGCGGCCGGCGCAAACCUCGAAGACCAUAAUGAAAAUGGACACACACCUCUGAUGGAAGCAGCCUCGGCCGGACACGUCAGUGUAGCCAAGAUUCUGCUUCAGCAUGGUGCUAGCAUCAACACUCAUUCAAGCGAGUUCAAGGAGAGCGCCCUCACGUUAGCGUGCUACAAGGGACACCUACCCAUGGUCCAAUUCCUGUUGGAGAACGGUGCCAAUCAAGAGCACAAGACUGAAGAAAUGCACACGGCACUGAUGGAAGCUUCCAUGGAUGGGCACGUUGAAGUGGCACGGCUGCUGUUGGAUUCUGGUGCGCAGGUCAACAUGCCGGCAGAUAGUUUUGAGAGCCCCCUCACGUUAGCUGCUUGCGGCGGACAUGUGGAGCUUGCUAUGCUUCUGUUGGAACGCGGCGCGAACAUAGAAGAAGUCAACGACGAAGGCUACACACCGUUGAUGGAAGCAGCCAGAGAAGGCCACGAAGAGAUGGUGGCGCUAUUGCUAAGCCAAGGUGCAGAUAUAAACUGUCAAACGGAGGAGACGCAAGAGACCGCGCUCACCUUGGCAUGCUGCGGCGGUUUUCUGGAUGUAGUGGACUUCCUGGCAACGGCGGGUGCGGAUUUGGAGUUGGGAUCCAGUAAGCCGCUCAUGGAGGCGGCGCAGGAAGGCCAUGCUAGGCUCGUUCGCUACCUAAUCGACUCUGGUGCUAACGUGCAUGCCCAGAGUUCGACGGGCGACACGGCGUUGAGUUACGCAUGCGAAAACGGGCAUACGGCAGUGGCCGAGAUUCUUGUGAGUGCCGGCGCGAACGUUGAACACGUGAGCGAAGGCGGACGCACGCCGCUCAUGAAAGCGGCUAGGGCUGGCCAUGUAGAAGUCUGUGCAUUUCUCAUCCAACACGGGGCCAACGUCAAUAAGCCUACCACCAAUAAUGACCAUACACCCUUAUCGCUGGCCUGUGCAGGCGGUCACCUUGGCGUUGUCGAGCUCCUCCUGCAGCACGAAGCAGAUCCUUUUUACCGCCUCAAGGACAAUUCAACAAUGGUGAUCGAAGCCUCGAAGGGCGGCCACGCGAACGUCGUACAAUUGUUGAUGGACUUCCCUAGUUCGGUGCUCGUUACUCCGUCGCCGCCGCCUGGAAUGCUGGGCUCAACGGCUUCUGAUGUGCACGGGCCCGGCGGAGUCGUUGUCCUACCCCCGUCAACGUUGAAUUCGUCCCCUGCCGUGGCAGCGGCGGCAGCAGCAGCCGCCGCUGCGGCUGCUGCUACUGCCGGCGUUGGUGGAACCACGGACCGGGUGACGAGGACAGGAAGGCGCAUCUUGGGUGGACGACUUGGUGGAUUCGCUGGCAAGAAACUUGCGAAGAAGGAUGAAGACGCCGACGAUAGCGACAAGACCGAGCUUCUGUCUGAUGAUGAUGACGAAGAUGACGACGAGGAUGAGGAAGACGAUGAUGAUGAUGAAGAUGAAGAAGACGAGGAAGAAGAAGAGGAGGAGGAGGAUGCCGGCUUCCCAGGCGAAGACGAGGAAGAAGAUGACGUGGACCAAGAACUAGGCGAACUGGAAGAGGAUGAAGACGACGAAGACGAUGACGGAGUGGAUCGCAGCGAGGACGAGCAGUUUGACGAAACAAAACGAGCUGGAAACGAAGCGUCUGCGGCAACGGCUUCUAUCAACGAUGAUACCGGCGUUCGUGGACGCCCCAAGCCUCGAAACCGCAUCCGUCUUAAUAUGGUAGUCAAGAAAAACGCUACACCUGGGACUGCUGAAUCCCCAGCUGAAGAUCCUGGGCAAAGAAUUGCCACCGUUGGAACAAUGACCACGGGACGCAAACAACUAGUCCGUCGAAGUGUUGACUCAGGUUCUCAAGGAGACGGGCAAGGUCAGGGCAGCUUUGGUUGGGGCUGGGUAUCCGUUGAAAGCGCUUUGGGACGGGCUUCUUUGCCAUUCACGAUGAUGCAUCAAUGCCCCACAACCGGCGAAGGAGGGCCUCCCAAAACGGAGGAUUUGGGCACGCAAACGGGAGAAGACUUGAAGUACAAUACGACUACGCCGCAGCCUGACGCGGCUGUUGGCGGCGCCGGAUGGAACAGGAACUCCGGAGCUUACGUAAAUCGAUUGAUGACUCUGCCACCUGAACCCACUGUCGAAGAACGUGUUAGCUGGACUGCUGCGGGAUCUGGUGGAGCUGGUGCGAUGAUAUCUGCCGCUUCUCCGCAACUCACAUUCGUUCAUGAUACACCUUCCAUCGAAGUAACUCCAGAGGAAGCGAGGCGGUAUAAAGAAGAAAUUCUACACGGGCUGCAGAUGGUCGAGUUGGAAUUGGAGGCCGCUAGGCAAGCAAGUUGCAAGAAGAACCCAACACAGCAUCAACACAACCACAUCGGGCGCGGAUCGGGGUCUCGUCCAUCUCCACAACCUCGCGGCGGCAUGAUAUCCGCGGUCGCCGCCGGAACAGGAGGAGGGGGAAAGAAACCAUCUGCCUCUCAUGGGCUGCCGCAACGUGGGAAGCACAUCAAGUGUGCGGAGAAGAAACCAAGCUUAACCCAACAACAAGCUACCACGGAUGGCAAGAAGCUUGCUCUGACGGAAGCCGACGAGAAGGCACUGUUCGAUGCUGUACACGCGAGGCGGAGUUCAAUGUUCGACGAAUGGAGCAAAGGCUGUUGUGGUAAUUGUUGUCGCGGCAGCGCCGCCGGAGGCGGCGAGGACUUGGUCGGGCUGACGCAUCUGCAGCAACACCACCAGCAGCAGCAACAGCAGCAGCAAACAGGCGUGCGAAUUAGCCGGGAGCAGCGCGUACCGCACCACCACCACCACCAUCAUCAUCACCACCACCAUCACAUGCAUUCCCCUCCUGGUCAUUGUGGCCAACUGCCUCUGCACUGUCAGGCGACCGGCGGGGCCUCUACACCGGCGACGACGGCACCGCAACACGCACCGGCUACCGGCGGGCUUGACGUCAACUGCGAGACGGACUCCAACCAUGACACGGCGCUUACGCUAGCCUGUGCUGGCGGCCACGACGAGCUGGCCAAACUGUUGAUUUCUCGCGGGGCCAACAUUGAACACCGUGACAAGAAAGGCUUCACACCCUUGAUAUUGGCCGCAACUGCGGGUCACUCGAACGUGGUGCAAACGCUGUUGGACGCCGGGGCCGAAAUCGAAGCGCAGUCGGAACGCACCAAAGACACACCACUGUCUCUGGCGUGCUCUGGAGGUCGAAUGGACGUCGUUGAGAUGCUGUUGUCGCGCAUGGCCAACAAGGAGCACCGGAAUGUUUCGGAUUAUACGCCGCUUUCUUUAGCCGCGUCCGGUGGCUACGUCAGCAUUAUCAAGAUUCUGCUGGACUCCGGUGCCGAGAUCAAUUCCCGCACAGGUUCAAAGCUGGGCAUUUCGCCGUUGAUGCUUGCUGCCAUGAAUGGCCAUACUGCUGCCGUUAAGAUGCUGUUGGAGAAAGGAAGCGAUAUUAACGCUCAGAUUGAAACGAAUCGAAAUACAGCCCUGACGCUCGCAUGCUUCCAGGGGCGCCAUGAAGUGGUCGCGCUCCUGCUGGAGUACAAGGCAAAUAUUGAACAUCGGGCCAAGACCGGACUGACGCCGUUAAUGGAAGCUGCCUCCGGUGGAUUUGUCGAAGUUGGAGCUGUAUUGAUCGAAAAAGGCGCCGAUGUGAACGCUGCCCCUGUGCCAUCCUCGCGCGACACUGCGCUUACGAUUGCUGCCGACAAGGGCCAUUUGCGCUUUGUGGAACUUCUUUUGCAGAAGGGUGCGCAAGUCGACGUACGCAACAAGAAAGGUAGUUCGCCUUUGUGGCUUGCGGCGAACGGAGGGCAUCUCGAGGUCCUGCAGGCACUAUACAACGCUGGCGCUGAUUUAGAUGCGCAGGAUAAUCGCAAAGUGACGCCCCUUAUGGCUGCCUUUCGCAAAGGUCAUCAUAAAGUUGUGCGCUGGAUGGUACGACACGUUACGCAAUUUCCCUCAGACCAGGAAACAGACCGCUUUCUGGUGACCGUAACUGACAAGGACUUGAGCAAAAAGUGCCACCAAUGCUUGGAAAUUAUUUCUUCGGCAAAGGAAAAGCAAGCUGCUGAGGCAAACAAAAAUGCCAAUAUCUUGCUGGAGCAACUGGAAGCGGAGCAGACUCGCGAAGAGCACAAAAAGGCAGCUGCUGCCCGCCGUCGCCAGAAGAAGAAAAGCAAGAAGAAAGACAAGAAGGACGAUGAGCCGUCUACCAAUGCGACUAGUGGCAGCAAUUCAUCCGCUCGUCGCAUCAACGGAAACGAUGAAGCGCACGACGGUAGCUGUGACCCGAAUGCGUUCAACCUGGAGGAUGAAGACGAAGAUGAUGUUUAUGAAGACACUCCACGUGCCGUAGUCGAAGCAGGAACUUCCCACUAUCCUCCCCGACGCAUCGUUUUAACUGUGAAAGGUGGCUCUGCCAAUGUGACUUUAACGCCAUUGACGCAGGAUGAGCUAACUGAGAAAACGACCUCUACCACGAGUAAGGGAAAAGAAAAGGCGUCUCAGUCAUCACCUUCGUCAACUGCUUCGUCAGUUUCAUCCUCCUCAGCUGCAAAGUUGCAGCCUGUCACUCCCAAGAGGUCUCAGGCUGAGUCUCAGGACACCACCCCAUUCGAACCUGGCGCACAAUCCGAAUUUACCGGCAAGAAGAGCAAACGGGCCAAAGAUAAAGAAGCCGAGAAAGCCGCUACGACCAAGGAGGAUCAAGGAAAAAGUGAGAAGAAGAAAGAAGAGACCAAAAAAGGAAAUGAAUUUGGGCAAUCGAAAGAUAUCAGCAAGAAAAAUGAGAAGAAUAAGAAGAAAGAUGAUGAAGCCUUGAAGCGCAAGCAAGACGACAGUGCAUCGUCUCCGCGUCUCAGCGAACCCAAAGAAGACACUACUAAGAAAGGCAAACAGCAGAAGAAAAAGGAACCCACUCCGAUGACUGUCACCGCAACAAAGCCUGAGAAUACAACUCCUUUGAAAGAAUCUGCGCCCAAAAAGAAGGAAUCCGCUUCCCCGCCGACUACCAACGCAUCGCCGUCGGCGACCACCGUGUCAAUGACUUCGCUUUCUCUUGCUUCCCCUGGGGCGCCAGCCCGCAAGGAGGAAGAUGAGUGGAAGGAGGUUGUUCGCACUAACCUGACUCGACCCAAGAAGGUUCUCGUACCUGCAAAUGCCAUCUCACGUGUGAUCGGGCGCGGUGGCUGCAACAUAAACCGUAUCCGUGAAAUCUCCGGGGCACAUAUUGAAGUCGAAAAACAAGGAAAAUCUCAGGCCGACCGUACUAUUUCGAUCAAGGGCCCGGCCGAAAACAGCAAGCAGGCGGUGUCAUUGAUUCAAGCACUGAUCAGCAAUCCAGAUAAAGAGCUGUCGGAACUUCUGACCAAGUUCGGACCUCCAGCUGGUGCUAAAAAUGCUUCACCCGCCCCUACGGCGCCGAAGGUUAAUCCCAUGCCGCCAAUCACUGUUGGUGCGACGAAGCCGCGCAGCGCCGCUGGCGCGGCAGCAGCUGCUGCUGCUAACGCGAAGUUGGUCGCCGCAGGUGGAACUGCCGUUUCGGGAGGCGCAGCUGUCGGCGGCGCCUGGGGCUCGUCCGCUCCGAAUUCCCCGAAGCGCGGCCCGCUAGGCGCCCCAUCGAGUGUCAGCGGCGUACCGCCACGCAUGGCGGGCAAGUCAAACGCGCCGUCUAUGACAUCGCAAACCUUCACAGCUGCUGUUGGAGGAGACCGCAAAGCUCACACCGCGUCGUCCGCUGCUGGCAAAGCAACCACGUCACAGACGCAACACCAGUCGCAGAUGCAACAACAACUAUUGCAGCAGCAAGCCCGAGGCCAGCCCGGUGCGCGCCGUGAAGACCGUUUUGGCCAUGACGAUGACUCGUCUUCGUCGUCUGCCGCCCCUGUGGCCACUCCCAAGCCUCCGGAAGAAUUCAAUCCGUUCGGCAGGAAUCUUUUUACGGAAGUGGCGAACAAGACUAUCUGGAAUCGUGACGAACCAUCUGAGGGAAGGCCAGCGACCGCAGCACCAGCCAAGAACUUCGCAAGUGUUGCCGCAGCUGGAUUGGCGUCUGCAACGGGCAACUCAGCUCCGGUGGCUGCCGCUGCACGAGAACAACAACCGCAGUUCGACGCCAGCAAGGCACCUGGUUAUCGUGGUGCGUCUUCCAACGUGACUUCUUCGUCAAAUCAACCUGUUGGAACCGGAAGCAGUGGUGGCUCUAGCACGCAAGUUUCACCUGUAGGAGAAGGCGGACACUUGGCUGCCCGUCCGACGAGUGCACCCGGAACCCCGGGUCCUCAUUUUCCGCCACCAAACCUUCACAUGCCGCCACCACCAAUCCGUGGACGCAUGAUGCACACGCCGCCACCUGGCAAUUUCUCUACGCCGCCGCCUGGAAUGGAGCGACGAAUGAAGCCGCCGCCGAACAUUCAUGGAGAUCCGUUGGCUCCUGGUGGCCCGCUUCCGUCAUCGAUGCUUUUGCAGACCGUGCAACAGUCACCAACUGCCUCACCAACCAAGAAUCUCGCGAUGCUUGAAGCCAUGGAGAAAGUGCGCUCUGCUUACGGACCACAAAGUCCGAUGAAAAACAUCUCUCCUCGUGCGGCACCCAACGGAAUCGAUCGCGGGGACUGGAGUGCAAAGAAGCCGGUGAGUUUCGGGCUUACGCUAGCGAUGGAUAACUGUUCCAAACUCGAUCCUACAGAUCGGGCUCCUGGAAGUGGUUACCGGCCAAUGCCUAUUCCUCCGCCUGCGCCUCCACCGGGCUUCCAGCCGCAGAGAUCGUCAGGAAACGUAAUGCAAGGCCGUGUGAUGCCAGGAAAUGAGCAGCAAGUCAUUGGUGGUGGCAGUAACUAUUCCCGCCCGCCGGGACUGGGCAUGGUAAAUCAGCAACCGAUUGGAUCACGACCAAUGAUGAACAUGCCGGUGCACCACCAUCAUCACUUACAGAAUGUGCGCCCGCCUUUCAUCCCGUCGCAGCCGCCGCCAUCGAUCCCGCCUAUGUCGUCGAAGCUGAAUCCGAAUGCACCGGAUUUCUCUACCAAGAUGCAGAUGCCGCCGCACGCAAUGCAAGUGUAUCCGAAUAACUCCGCCACUCGCCUUCACUACUCAAAUCCGCACUUCACUUCACGCCCACCGCCGGAUAUGAGCCAGAUGCGUCGCACUCCUCCUUACCCUGGAAUGAGUGGUUUGGAACCACUUGACGGACGUAUUGUGCGUCCUUUGGAUGCUGCCAACAGGCCACCGCCGAUAGGAUCCGAGCGAGCCAAGCGCAACAUGGGUGGUCCCAUGACGCCGUCGCAGCAGAGCUAUAUUGGAGGACCCGAACACAUGGGCGUGAUGAACGAGAACGAACAGCGUGGCGGCGGAUGGGGCACUAUUGGAACAGGACCGCUUCGUAAUAGCAUGCCGACUCGUGAUUUCCCGGAUUGGCUUCAACACGCGUCCAACGGCGGCACGGGCCCAGUGACGCCCGAAUUCGCCGAGAAUAUUUCGAGUUUGGAACAGUUAUCCAUCGCUAGCCAAAGUGGACGCACUGGCCCCGUGAUUCAACGUGAGCAUGGAAAUGGAAUGAUGGGGUACGCCAACGGCGGCCUCAUGUCGCUUAGCGGCAACAGCAUUGGAGACCACCUGGUGAGCAACGGGAACGACAUGAUGGGGCAUGGAUACCCGCACGGACCGCCUCCGCAGCAUCACCAACACCACCCCAUAUCCCAGCACAUGUCACAGCACCUGUCGCAGCUGGGCCAGGAGAAUUCUGUCCCCGCCCCACCACCCAACCUGGGCUUGGACAAGUCCACGGUGAGAUCAGCUUUUAUUCAUUAUGAUGGAUUUUUAUCGAGGGAAAUUAAUACAGUAUUUGUGACCAUCAACCUCGGGGAUGAUCGUAUGAAAUCCGUGCAAGUUCCAAUUACAGAUGUGGGGCAACUGGAAUUGAACGAAAAAGGAAAUGGUGCCGCACCGAAAUCGAUUGUCAUCAGGAGGAGAAAAAGUGAAGACGGAAGAUGGAUUUAUGGAAUUGACACGCUGUUCGGUGCUGGCCGCGACCCAAACGGUCAAUGGAAAGAAAUCUUGAUUCUGUCUGGAAAGGGAGAUACUUCGGCGCUGCUUUGAUUUUGUCGGGCUCUGGCGAAGGGAUGCUUUUGGUGUACAGAUUAGCGAGCACAGGGCCCUCUGCUCUUCCUGCUGCUGUUGCUCCUUCCCUGCCGACCCGCUCAGGAAAGAGAAAGUGUUGUAAAAUAAGGGUUCUUGAUGAAGAUUGGAAAAAAAAUUUGAAGCUGGCUUCGUUAAGCCGCUUGUUGCUCUCCCCCGCUGUCCUCUUAGGAUAGUCGCACUGCUGUCGCGCACCCCGUUUUCGUUGCUGUUUUCACGCAGGAGAGCGUGUUGCGUCCAUCUGGCGGCUGUUGCCGUUCAGGGACCAGCAUUGGUCGUAAUUCUGACGCCCCCCACGUUCUCCGUUCCCGUCCCCUCGCUUGCUGCUCGUUGUUUGAUUUUCUCUCCUCCUCGGACUCCUUGUCGGACGGGCUACUAGCGAGCAUGCUAUGUUUGAACUCUUGUUUGAAGAAUUUUUUGUCGUGUGCGAGAACGUUGUCUUUUUUGUUUCCUCUCUGAUGCUUGCGAAGAAAUGUCUUGAUCAUGAAGGGCGAAUCUAUUCGGAAGGCGAUUUGUUUCUUUUUUUUUUAAAUCCAGAAAGGUUAUAAAUUUGCGGGCGUGGAACGAACGUUGGCUGAGUAAAGUUCUCAGAGAUCAUAGAA